AGCUGUUUUGAAUGACAUACCGGAAGUCUCCCUGAUUGCUAAAACUUCGCUCUCACGACCAUUGCAGUCAUGCCAGUGCUGUGGUUCUGUUCUACGCGGUCGGAAAUGAUCUGUACCGAGCCCACAGUGUGAUUAUAGCCGACUGUUCGUUCAGAAGUCCCUCAGGGUGUGUGAGAGACUGCAGCUUCAGAGGGAGGGAGGACAUAAGUGAACAAACAACAUCAUGAAGAUCAAGAAACACAGCAGACAGGUCAAGGAGAAGGUGGUGGAGAAGUUUAAAGCAGGGUUGGGUUAUAAAACAAUAUCCCAAGCUUUGAACAUCUCCAAAAACACUGUUCAGUCUAUCAUCCAAACAUGGAAAGAGUAUAGCACAACUGCAAGCCUACCAAGACAUGGCCAUCUACCCAAACAGACACUGCAGUCACGGAGACCAUUAUUUGCAGAAGCGUUGAAGAGGCCUGUGGUAAUUCUGGAGAAGCUGCCGAGAUCCACUGCUCAGGAGAUGGAUGGAGUCGGGUGGAGCACCUCCAGGUCACAGGAGUCAUUCAAAACGGACACUCUGUCUAGGCUCGCCAGCUUCAUCACACGCACCGACACAAAGCAGCAUGCUCAAAACCACCAGCCCUCCCAUCUGCCUCUGUAUGGUUGUCAGGAAUGUAGGAAAGGUUUCCCUUACCCUAAAGAUCUGCUGCAACACCAGGAGCUAAAGAAUGCUCUGCCUAAACCUCACCGUUGUUCCUUCUGUGGGCAGCAGUUCUCCCUGAGGUCAUCCUUACAGCUACAUCAGUGUAAUGUGGACUCGAACCAGUGUGACAAUUGCCAUGGAUCAACACGGCGCAGCACUCCAUGCACGACUCUGCUCUCAAAUCCAGGCAGGCUCCAGGAGAACUCACUUCAUCACCAACCACACCUUUUGGACAGCAGUCCUUACGCGUGUGCCCCGUGUGGGAGGAGCUUUAGCCAGAAACAGGCGCUGCUGCACCAUCAGCAGGCCGGCUGCAGCGGGUCUCCGUCUCCAUCAAAUGUUGCUGAUGCUUGCAGCGUUCCUGACGAUUCUCUGCCCAUAUCUGAGGGCGACUCGGCUCACUCAGAUUCUUCAGAUACUCCAGGCCCCAGCAGUGGUGCCGUCAACAUGUGCCAGAUCUGUCCCAGGACUUUCUGCACAGAAGCUGCGCUGUUGCGGCAUAUUCAGGACAACCAUGUAGAAGAGAAGCUAAAUGCCAAAACGCGGAGUGAUGGAGAGGAGGAGAGUACUGUAGAGGUUAAUGGAAAACCAAAUGAAAGCCUAAAAUCCAAAAAGAAGCUUCUAAGCUGUCGCUCCUGUGAGAUGGUUUUCAGGAGUACGUCUAAACUGUACAUGCACAGAAAGGAGAAGCACAGCAGAGAAAAACAUAUCAGGAGGGAGCCGAAGCCGGCCAUCAAGAAGCUUAGAAGAACAGGAACGUAUCCAUGUCAGAUCUGCAGCAAAGUUUUCUUUCAUCAUCUAUCACUUAGGGCACAUUGCAGACAGCAUGCAGCGGCAGGAUGCGCCCCCAUCAAAGACGCCAAAACCUUUAAACUCAAUCCUAAAGCAACAAAACCAAGUCUGUCAAAAAAUAAAACUCACAGAGCUGGUCCAGGACGGCCCAGGAAGGUACCCAGAGUUUUAUUUAAAGCGGACGCUCCAGGAGGAGUGUCUGAGAGAGAGGAAGAGGCCGAUGAAAGAGAGUUCCCCUGUCCCUCCUGUGCAGAGGUCUUCUCUGUGCAGCAGCAGCUGAAGGAGCAUGUGGAGCUCCACCAGUCCUCUGUGAGAAGGCAUCAGUGCAGUGUGUGCACGAGUGAGAUGGACGCAUGCAAGGGGCCAGGCUCAAAGAGGCAGAGGAUGUACCACUGUGUGCCCUGUCAGCAGGGCUUCUCAGAACUGGACCCUUUCCUAGAACACUGCCAGGAGCACCUUCGAAUCAGGGUGGAGGAGGACCGUAUCUCAGAGGGUCGCAUGCUGCAGGGGAGCAAAGCCUGACCUUCGGUGCCAAGUCCUCAGCGACUGCCUUUUUGCCUCCAGACUGCAGGGCCCUCUUACACCAAGCUGACAGGGAACCGCUGUCUCCUGGGCUGUUUAAAUACUGCUUUAUUUACAUGUUGAACCAUUCUGCUCUGCUGAGUUGGGUUCUUCUGUGCAGACUAAGACUGUGAUGGGUUCAUGUUGGUGUAUGAGAGCCUUCAGACAGCUGAGCAUGUGUGAAAGUAACCAUUUGACUGAUGGAGCUGAUGACUGAAUGUUAUCCUAUACCAACAUAUCAAGGUCUAAAGGAAAUCCUUUUAACCCUUUAACCACAUAUUACAUGUAAUGUUUCCUGUACAUUUGUUCUUCUGGUAAAUGACUAAGAUCCAUCGCACUGCUUUCAAACAGCCGCUUUGGGCUCAGAGCUACUGGAAACGGGACCAAGCAUCUUCAUUGAUUCGGAACAAAUGUGAAAUGGCAAUCACAAACAGUCCUACCACAGAUCUUUUUUUAUUAGCUGAUGUGUUUGAGUAGAUAGUUUUUUUUUUUUCUUUCAACAGUGUUUCAUUAGUAGGUUUAAAACGAAAUGCUUCUGUGCACACAGCGAUGGUUGUUAACUGGCUGCUGGUGGACUCUUGUUCUUUAAUGAAACAAUGUUUGGAUUUGAAGCCUAGAACCUGAAUAAACUCAUUCAUCAGAGUUUGUCUUCUCCUGGUGAGAAUCCUGCUUUCUAUAAACAUGGUCUGUUGAGAGGCACAACAUGUGUCCUGUGCUGUAUGUUAGUCAUCCUUCCUACGGUCUGAGCAAUAACUACUCUCCAACUGGCUAAGCUUUAUUUUGGUUCUGUCAUGUGCAUUGUCGGAUCAUCAGCAAGGUGAAAGUCCAGCUGGGCUUUUGAUCUCACCCAGCUGAUCAGAACUAUCUGAACAUGGUAUAUUCAGUAAGUUAUUAAAGUGGGUUUAUAUUCAGUCAGCUGCGGAUUCUGUACCAAAUUCUUCUUUGGAUUUUUUUAAUAAGUAGAACACAGUCUAUAUAAAACUUAAAUUUAGACAAAAUCAAAUAAUAUUCACAUUGUGAAUGUGUGUAACAGUUAAAUGUAGCCAUUCACUGUAAGCAUCUCCAGGCUGUUGCUGAGUCUGGGUUUAAAAGCAAAACGCCGACAGCCUGAAGAUCUACUCGGUAAUAUCCACCUGUUGAGUUUUUGCUUUGGUUGAGCUGGUGAGAAUUAAAUGGCUUGUUUAUUUGCCUUAUUUCAUGGUUCACCUCUUAGUAAGUGAUGCCUAGAACAGCAUGAGCAUCUUUGACUUGUUCUUAGAUUAAUUUCUUUCUUCUAGUUUAAAGUUUCAUUAUAGUUGCACUGACUCCCAUAAUUACCGAACGUGUCUUUUCAUGGGAAUACUUGCGUUCUAUGUCUUUAGCUCAAUUCAGUUUAUAUAGUUGGCUUAUAUCUCUCACCUAUGCAAACCUGUGGACUAAGAUCAGUGUGUGUUACUUGAUAAGUGUGCUUUGAUGAACCAACUAGCAUUUUUGUUUAGCUACUGUUUUUAGGGUGCUACUGUGAAAAUGUUCAUGAUUUAAACCGUUUUCAAACAUUUUUGUUUUUUGGUAAAUUGGUUUAUACCUCUUUAUAGAUGACAGAAUAAACAACUUUACAGCUGAAA